AUGCGCCUGCAGGAUCGAAACAUGGACCAGCAGAUGCAGCUACUACACCAAAAAGAGGUGGAGUACAUCGCAAGAUGCGAUGAGCAGCAGCAGCAUGGGGCCAUAUUGAAAUCGCACGAGGAGCAGGUUGAGGCUGUAAAGGCCGUGAUGGAGGCCGCCGACAAGGCCGUGCAAGAGAUACGCAGCCGAGUCGCCGGCUUGGAGGAUGACAUCUCCCAGCGACAGAGAGAGGUGCAAAGCAAGCGAACGCUGGCAUCGUCGGACUUGGCUGCCACGCGCAAUCGCCUCGCCAAGGAGCUGGAAGAGAUCAAGCAACAGCAGACGCAACUUCGCGAGAAGGCGCUCCAGCUCCAGAAAGAGCAGGAUGGCCGCCCGCUGGAAGGGGCUGCUGCCCGAGAGAUGGAGAAGCUAAAGGCCGAGUCCAGCAAGCUCCGGGCCCGUGCUGGCGAGCUGAGCCAGGAACACCAGGCCUGUGCCGUGGAUCCGCAGCAGUUGGAGCAGCAGGCUCUUGCUGCCGAGGCCGGUCUCCAGGCGCGUUGUGAGCAGCGUGACGCGCUUCGAGCAGAAUCGCAAGGCCUCGAGGAGCACUAUGGGCAGACACGGGCCGACUGGCAGCAAGCAAUGAGCGGGUUGCAGCAAGCCAGACAAGAGAAGGAGGCCGCCGAUCUUGAGGCGACCAGCCUCAAGCGGCAUCUCGAGGGCCAGUGGGCCGCCUGGCAGCCGAGCUGGUCUCGGCGGCUGGAGCUUUGGCGUCGGCGGAUGGCUCUCCUCGCUGCUGCCCGGAAGGCCACCGAGAGCUUGGCCAGCACGGCAUCCGAUGGUUGGGAGCGGCUCCGCCGCGAGGCCGCGCAGCGCAGCGCGGUGCUCGAG